GAAAAUACUUGUAAUUAUCAUUUAUACAUCUGUUAACAUAUGAGAUAGUUUAUUGUUGCCUUUAUUACAGUUUGUUAUGCAAAAACAUUUUUGAUAGAAUCCAAGAGUGCAUUAAGAAAAAAAAUUAAAUCUUCAGAAUCCAUUGAAAAUGUUACCAGUUGCUGAAGAAUAAUCAAAUUCCAGAUUGUCAUUUUGAUUUCGCGUUCACAUCAGGUAAACGAACGAGCAUUUUUGGAUUUUGCAGUAUCUUAAGACAGGGUAACCAUGAAUAAGUCGGACUUCAGCUUGGAAAGGGUCGACGAUGAUGCCAAGUCAGAAGAACUAUCUCUAGCUGAGAGUCAAGAAGAUAAACAAGCCCAACCACCAAAGCCUCCUAGCCAGAAACUGCAGAUGAUGCUAGAUGCUUUGCCGGACGAUGAUGACCAUUAUGCUAAUUAUGACUUCUACUCUCCACAACGAAGCAUAUCAAGUGCCCCAUCGAAUGAAGACCAAGAGGUCGAAGAAACUGAUGAGCUUGUUUCAACCACCAGCUAUUCAACACUGUUGAAAAGUUCAAGUAGUAAAAACCUGUCAUCUAAUCGCAAAAAGAGUCUUUCAAGGAGGGAUGGAAAGAAAAAUGAAUUCCACGAUGAAGAACGAUAUCUUCUUAAUCUGGAUGAUUUCAUUUAUAAACCAAAAGUGAAUGGUAAAAUCAUGCAACUUGAUUCAAUGGAACUUCAACACUCGUAUGGUUAUGAUUGUGUGAGCAGUCUCAAUCUUUGUGUUGCCGAUAAAAAAACACUAUUGUACCACUGCGGACAUAUAAUUCACAUGAUGAACCCUUAUUCGAAAGAAAUGUCAUUUAGAAGGUCUUCAGGCAAAGAUGGAAUAUCUUUUAUAGCUAAAAAUCCAGUCGGCUAUGAGAUAGCGAUCGCAGAAAAGGGCAACUUUCCAGAUAUCGUGUGUUACACUUGGCCGGAUUUUAAUAUAAUAUCUGUACUCAGAGGGGGCGCGAAAUAUUCUUUUGCCGGCCUCGACUUCAGCGCCUGCGGUGAACUUAUGGUAUCACAAUCAAGCGAACCUGAUUAUCUUCUUACAAUAUGGAAAUGGAAAGAGCAACAGGUUUAUCUCAGUGUCAAAGCGAAUAAUCAACGCGUUUAUAAAACAGCAUUUUCCCCGUUGGACAAUUCUAUUCUUCUCUGUUGCGGCCUAAAUCAUCUGAAGUUUUGGAAUAUUGAAUCUACAUUCACAGGGAUGAAAAUAAAAGGCGCUUAUGGUAAAUUUGGUCCUGCUGAUAUCUGCAAUAUUUCCACAUUCAUCAUAAAUAAGGACAAUAAGAUUUUUUCCAAUUGUCCUUGGGGUAAUAUGUUUUUCUGGGAUGGCACUACUGUAAAAUUUGAAAUAUCAAGAAAGGAAAUGCAACCAGCACAUGAUGGUAUAAUCACUUUUUUUCACUUUGACCCAAAAGAAAACAACGUCUUUACAGCAGGCAUGGAUGGUAAAAUAAGAGUUUGGGAUUAUGAAAAAAUGUUAAAUGCAUGGCCGCAUAACAAGCCAUUUCAAAUGCAACCGUCGUUUGAAAGAGAAAUAAUCGACAGCGAUGGAAAAACUGCUUGUCCUGUUCAGCUUCUCCCAAAGGUUGGAGUUGAAGAUGACCAUCAUUUUUUCUUACAGGAUAAGAAUGGUGGGAUUUGGAUGAUUGAUUUAUCGCUUAGUGCCAAUGCAGACCCUUGGACCAAAAUUCUGGAAACGCAUGCUGGACCCAUUUCUGGUUUAGCGCCCUCUCCCAUUGGCCAUUAUUUCGCCACGUUGGGAAUCGAUGGUAAAUUGCUGAUUCAGAACAACGACAAAAAGAAGAUUGUACUUACCAAAACUUUCCCACUCAAAGGAACAGCUCUACUUUGGCUGCCAUUAGAGAUCGAUCCAACUGCAUGUGUGCUUAUACUUGGAUUUUCGGAUGGAACGAUAAGAGUCGUAGUUGUAUGUAUCAAGGCAAAAGAAUUUAAUAGCGAAGAGAAAGUUAUGGAGUAUGUUUAUGUCAUACAGGCACUUAAACCUCAUAAAAGAUCAAUUUCAUGUUUGGUUGCGAAAACAAAAUAUGGUCACCAUCAUGUGCUUUCUGGGAGUGUCGAUGGCACCGUGUUUAUAUAUGAAGUUCUUCCUUAUUAUAAUUUUUGCCAGUUAAAGCCGUUGGGUUUUAUAAAAAUGCCAGGUCCGGUCACUCACAUUGAGUUAAAAAGAGCUAAGGAUGUAUUCGUGUUCCUCGUAAGCACGUCUGUGGGGACAGUGUCCGAAGUGCUAGUUUCUGAUAAAAUACUCAAUGACCCUAUAGAAAAAGACACAUACCUCCUGAAGGUCAAAUACAAAACGACUAAUUUCAAAAGUGUUAAAGGUUGUAUUUUAAGGAAUCUCGUACGAGAAGGGAUAAGGAAAAGGCAAGAGGACAAAUUAGAAAAGAAAAAAGAAGAACUCGCAAGACUCCUUGAAACAAAUCCAGGCUUUAUUAUCGACGAAGAAGCUUUCCUAGCUGAUACUGAAAAAUAUGAGGAUUUGCCAGACGUUUACGUACCUGUGGGAAAGACUCGAAUUAAUUUUGCAAAAUAUAUAGAUAAAUCUGUAUGGAUAUCACCUGAAGGAUACGAUGCAGGUUUUUUUUACGAAUAUAAUAUUGGUGAAUCAUGGCCGAAUCGUGUGCUCGAUAUUCCAGGGACAGAUCGCAAACUCGCCAUCCAUACUUGUAUUAGCAUAUUUAAUAACAAGUAUUUAUUAAUGGGUAUGAGCAAUGGUUGCAUUCGUUUAGUCAAAACACACCAAUCCGACCCGGCCAACUUGUCGGAUUAUUUAGAGAUUGGAAUGCAUGUGACAACCGGGCAAAGAAUAACACAUCUCGCCGUCUCUUGCGACAACACGAUUGCAUACUCUUGCGGAACCGAUGGCGGGAUAUUCUCUUACGCUUUCAACCUCCCUGUCGAACAGAAAGAAAUGACGAAAAAAAAAUUACCAGGGAUCGGACCGUUGCCGACUUUUGGAAUCUCCGGGAUAAUAAGCCCCAACGAGCCAUCACUCGAAGAGCAAAAAGCAGCAUUAAGGGAGGAAAAGAAAAAAUUAAUAUCAGAAACAAUUAAGAUGGAAAUGAAAGAAAAAAUCAACGAACUGGCCGACAAAUAUGAAGAACUUAUUGAAAGGAAUAAGAAACUUCCAGAGUCAAAGCGGUUGUCAAAAGAAACAUUCAUCAUCAGCCAACAAGUUGAUCAAUCAAUCAUAGAGAAAUACAACCAAGAGAUAGACGAUUUCAAGAAGAAGCAUGAAUUUGAAUUUCAAAAAGCAAAAGUGUUAAGAAACAAAAUGUAUAAUGCUUGUGUCAAACCUAUCAAAACAUUCCCUAUUUACCAAUUUGGGAUAAGGGCACCGGUAUCGGUCUGUACUUUCCGAGAAGUAAAGCUUACACCAGAAUUUAUAGAAGCUGAGAGGAUAACCAAGGCUCACUUGGAUGAUCAGGAAAGAAGAGGCAGAGCGGUUGCUAAAAAAUUAAAAGAUGUGGCGAAAAAAAUUCAGAAAAAGGCAAAAAAGCCCCAAAAGCAAUGUACAGAUAUGCUCGCCGUGAUCGACAGAGUUGGUCAGAAGCUAUUCGAAAAUGGUCAAAUGUCAAGGGCAAAUUUGCAACUUUUAAACAGAAUAACUGAGUCGAGAAGAGAAAGAAGGAGUAUCCAUGAACAUAUUAGUGAAUUAAAUGAAAUGAAAGAAAAACACGGCAAGAAGAAUUAUCUUCUUCCUGAUCUGGGAGGAAAUCACGCUAAUGCACAAUACAUGCUAAAAUUGAAUCCAGAAUAUAGAACACCGAAGGAACACAGAAAGACACUCUAUGAACAAUACUGGCUCGUUCUUAAGGCCAGGAGAGAUCUGUACAAUAUUAAAAUGGAGUUCAACUCAAAAGUCAAGCAAUUGAGAAAUGAAAAGUUUAAUAUUUUACGAGAGUUCCAAAUUUUAAAAGGAAAUCUUGAUUACAUGUCGCAGGAAUGUUGUGUAGAUGAUAUAAUUUUACCUAGGACUCCAAACUUCAACACCGAAUUAGAAUUCCCUGAAAAGCUUUUUAUGAAUACACCACCUCAUUGUAUUCUUGACGACCCGCUUCCACCGAUCUCUCAGGAAUUGGAGGAAGAACGUAAAAAUUUAUACGGAGAUAAUUCCAACCUUCAUGAAAUUUACAAUGAGGCGGAAAAUGUGAAUAAAUACAUAAAUUACACAUGGUUACCCGGUAUGUUGUCAUACAAAGAUCACUUGACUUUGGCAAAGAUAUUUCCGGUUCAUCCUUGGAGAGCAGAUAUGAUUUACAAGCGUAACAUGAAAUUUCGAGAGAGAGUAAAUGCUAAAUCAUUAAGUUUAAUUAAUAAAAUUCAAGAGUAUGACAAGUCUUUAAAAAGUCUUUCAUACGAAAGGAUGGAAUAUGAAAAAAAGAUCAUAAAAACAAAAUUAGAACUUUAUUAUUUAAUUCAAGAACUUGAAAUAACAAGGGGAUUUAAUACAUUAGAAGUCGGUGUCAAGACAAAAGCGAGUGACAUGAUCAAAAUGAAACAUCUUACAUUAUUACAGAUUUCUAUAAGAAAAAAGAAAAUCAACCAAAAUAAUAUUAUAAUUGAAAAAAGCACUGCAAUUUCUAAUACAAUUGUGAAUCAGUUCCUUGAGGUGGUAAAAGACAAUAAAUACACCAAACAUCUGACUGAGGUGUUUAAAAAAAAAUACAAGCCUCCUAAAAAACGAAAUGAUGAUGAUGACUCCUCGUCUUCUAGUUCAUUUGAUGAGGAUUUUGAUGAUGAUGCAGAGGGAGACGACCUUCAGGUGGCCGUUGGAGGUGCAUAUCUGUUUGACGAGAAGAUCCGCCCUGAUGACUGCGAUCCUGAAAUUUUUGAAAAAACGUUUAGCCUUCGUGCUGAAAGGCAUGUAGAAGAAGCAAAGGUCAAUGAAGCACGUUCUCAAAAUCAAAAUUUCAUUAAAGACUUGGAAACACUAAGAAAAAAACUUCUAAUGGUUGAAACAAUACUAGCAAUAUUUAACUCACAAAUGGACAGUUUUUUGAAAUGCAAGCAAGAUGCGUGUAACAAAAUAUGGAAAGUUGUUGUUUUAAAGCCCUCUCAAAUCCAGCAUUACAACAAACACACAAAGUCUUUUCCACCUCUAAACCAGUGUGUGCUCAUAGGUGCCAAUACAAUUCGGAAGUUGAUAAGUAAGGCUGAAGAUUUGGAAAAGGAAACUCAAACAUUCAACAAGGGGAAGGAAAAAUGCAAAGAUCACAUUGUACGGCUGAGAAAAGACAUCGCCUACAUGAAGAGCCAAUGCCAGGAUUUGAAAAAUGAGAAAAAAGACGAGAUGGUGAAAAAGUUUGGGAUGCACGUAAACAUGAGUCAUCUCGAAGAAGUAAUUACAAGCUGGAUUAUCCAAGAAGCACAGCAAAAUUCAAACGUGGUUGAUCGCGUCAGAAAUUACAUGAAAGAUGCAUCGAUUAGAAGACAACAGAGACAAUUGUUAGAGGCGAAGAAAGAACAGACCAACCAGUAUCAUGAGCUAUACUCAAUUCAAGAGGAAAGAAAUAAAAUCACUGCACGCAUAUUAAAUAUGCAGCAGACGCAAAAAGAGCUACUACAAUCCAGAAACAAUAGGAGGCGGCUGGACUUAGAAAGCUAUUUGAAGGAAUUGGAAAAAGAAGUAAUUUGUCAAAUGGCAUACAAAGAAUAUCUCUUGAACCAAAUCAGUGCCCUGAAGUUUAAACAGCAACCGAAUAUCUUAUCCAAGAUAGAGAAGAAGCCCUACCAGCAAAAAGCCAUCGCGAGCUCUAUUUCUACUGCAACUGCGAUGCAAAAUAUUGUUUCGGAUCUCGUAAGAAAGGUGAUUCCUUCUAUAACUGAAACAGAAACACCGACAGAAGAGUAUCAAGAAGAAGAAGAUUUGAAAGAAUUGGAAGAAGUUUCCACUGAGGAAUCAGGUGCUCUUCCUGAAAGCAAGGAAGAAGAAGAAUUAAGCCCAGGCGGGUUUGCCGUUGAAAUUAUCAAGGAUGCCAUAAAAGGCGUGAUUCACUCAAAAUCUGACAUUAAGGCCGAGGAAUUAACGGACCAAAAAGAAUUAACUUCAGAAGGAUCUGAUCGAUUUUUAAAGGUGUCAAAUCAAAGCAGAAAAAGCCUAGCUCUACAUCAAAGUGAAGAAGGCGCUUUAUCAAGCGAAGCCGUCACUACAAAGGAAACAAUGGGAAUUGUCAAAGAAACUGAAGGAAAACUUUCUAUUACGAAACUGAGCCCAGAACAAGAAGCUGAACAAGAUGAAGUGACAAUUUCAACAUACGAAUAUGAAUCUGGAUCAGGAUCUCUCGAACCAUCAAUCAUGUCACGCCAAGAAGACGAUGGUAGUUCUUCUGGUGAUCAACAGUCACAUUCAGACUCUGAGAAAUCAAAAAGUGUAAGAAGUCAACUGUAGAUUAUAUGUACACUUGCAUCAAGUAUUACUUCAAUGUACAUAA